UGUCCCCCCCAGCCCCCCUCCGACGCCCCUGAUUGGCUGCUGAAUCUCCAUGACGACCACGAGGGGGAGGAGCCUAUGGAGGACGACAGCGCGGAGUGGGAGGAGCCUCGGGAGGUGGAAAUGGGCGGGGCUUUCCCCGGAUUGGCCGAGGCGGCGCUGGGGGCGCUGGGGGAGCUGGCGGAGAACUGCGGCUCCGCCCUCCUGCCCUACCUGGACUCCUCCCUCGCCGCCAUCUUGGAUCUGACCCAGUUCCCGCAGUGCCAGCUCAGAGCCGCCGCCUACGAGGCCCUGGGGAGCGUCUGCUGCUGCGGGAGGGAGCGCCAGACUGCCCCUUCCCCCGUCCACCAGGGGGCGCUCCAGGCCCUCCUGAAGGGGCUCCGGAAGGACCCGGAAGUGGGCGGGGCCUUGGGGGCAGUGGGCGGGGUCGGGCGGAUCCUGCAGCCCCCAGGCCACGCCCACAAGGAGUGGCUGGAGCCCAUUGGACGAGCCCUGUGUGACGUCAUCGCCGGGGAGAUCGCCUGUCUGAGAUCGCGGCGGGACGGCGACGAGGACGAGACCUCCCAGCGCGCCGAGCUCCGCGAGACCGCCUCCGAUUGGCUGCCGGAACUGGGCGUGGCCAUGGCCGAGGAGGGCGUGGCCGGCACCGGAGGGGGCGUGGCCUUCCCGCCCCGCCUCUUCCGCCGCAUCCUCCCCUCCCUAUUGGCCGCCCUGGCCGACCCCGCCCGCCCGGGGGCGCGCUCGUGGGCGGCGGCCGUGAUUGGCCAGCUGGGCCGCGCCCUCGGGCCGGAGGCCACGCCCUUUCUGCCGGAUUUGGGCCCCGCCUUCCGAUUGGCCGUCGGCGACCCCGACGACGAGGUCAGGGCCAACGCCUACUACGCCAUUGGCCGGAUCGGGGAGGCCAUGGGACACGCCCACCACGAGGGGGCGUGGCCGGGGGCGGAGCUUUGCUGCCACGCCCUCCGGGCCGGGGGGGAGGGGCCAGGACGGGUCCGGGACAACGUCCUGGGAGCGCUGGUGCGCCAGCAGGGGGCGCCCUGCGACACGGUACGGGGCUGCUGGGAGGGGCUUGGG